AUGGCGGGAAGGCCUUUUCCUGUGCUGCUUGCCUGCAGCAUGCAGGGAAGACAGGUGGAAUCGAGCUGGAGUUGUAACUCUAGAAGGAAUGGCACUGUGGCGUGGGCCUUGGGUCGAGGCAGGGCUGCUAAGAAGGAGGAGUUGUCUUGGGGGAAUGCAGAAGAGGUGACUGUAGGGGACGUGAGUGCAGAAGAGGUGACUGUAGGGGACGUGAGAGCAGAAGCGACAGUUGCAGGUGUGAGUAUAGGGGACGUGGGUACAGAGAAGACAGUUGAUGGAGUGACUAUUGGGAACGUGAGUGUGGAGCGGACAGUUGAGGAGGUGACAGUAGCGGAUGUGAGCGAAGAGAGUAGCAGAAGUAGCUUAAUUGAGGGCAGUCGAGCUUCAGAGUUGAUCGCUUGGAAAGAGGAGGCACAGGCAGUGGUUCCUGGGCAGAAAGCAUCGGAGUUGAGUGUUUGGAAAGAGAAGGGACGAGCAGUGAUGGCAGGGCAAGGCGCAUCAGAGGUGACUGUUUGGAAGGAGGAAUCAAAAGCAGUGGUGGUUAGACGGAAAGAUUCAGAGUUGAGUGUUUGGAAGGAGGAGGCACAAGCAGUGGUGGUUAGACGGAAAGAUUCAGAGUUGAGUGUUUGGAAGGGGGGGGCACAAGCAGUGGCUGCUGGGCAGAAAGCUUCAGAGGUGGCUGUUUGGAAGGAGGAGGUAAAAGCAGUGGUUGUUGGGCAGAAAGCAGAGGUGACUGUUUGGAAGGAGGGGGCAAAAGCAGCGAUCAUAGAGCAGAGAGAAUUGGAGGAGCCUCACGCAGCGGUGAUAGAGCAGACAGGAUUGGGAGAACACCAAGUGGCGGUGAUAAAGCAGAGACCAUUAGAGCUGAUUGUUUGGGAAGAGGAGGCUCAAGCACUGGUGAUCGAUGAUAGAGCAUCGGACAAGCAUCAGGCGGCGGUGGCGGAAGCGCCGAUUGGUCCAGUCCAGCCUUUUGAAUCGACUCAAACAACACAUGCAGCAGAGGCAGCUACGGGGGCGUUUGAGAAUUCUCAAAAGCCACCUGCAUUGGACAAGCAUCAGGCAGCAGUGGAUGAAGCGAUGAGUGGUCUGCACGACACCGACCCUGAAGAGGUUUUUCAGUGGACCCACGCACCAGCAAGUGCAGUCCAGCCUUUUGAAUCGACUCAAACACCACGUGUGGCUGAGGCAGCUUUGGUGGCACAGCAGCAGGGCAUUCAUGAUCCCUCUGAGCUGUCCCAAACAUGGAAGGGGGAGCAGCAGCAGCCCUGGCAACCGCAGCAGAAGCAGCAGCAGCUGAAGAAGCAGCGGCAAGGGCAAGGAGAGCAGCAAGAGCAGAAGGGGGGAGCGGAGGCAACAGCAGAUGCAACGGUGUUUGAUAUGAGUAAGCUCGUUCAGGCUGUGGCGUAUGAAGCCGCUACAAAUUUCUCGAAUGCCCAAGGCGAGAGGAGCAGCUUUCACCAGUACCUUGAGUCGGUGCACGAGAGGAUGACACGUCAGCAGCUGAGUGCCUCGCUGGAAGUGCAGCAGGUGGUGGGAUGGGCCGGAGUGAACUACGACAUUCUGCCACGUGACGUGCGCAGGCAGCGCCUGGAACCGAUCUCACGGGCUCUUGGGUACUCGGACACGCAGCACCUGCUGGAGCACUACUCAGCCGUUUAUGAAGCGAUGCAAGGAUUGAAGAGUGAGGGGAAUUUGAGGCAUAGCAGAGAGAAGAGCAUGAGCUUUGAGUUGACUCAAAACACGCAGCAUCUGCUGGAGCACUACACGGCCGUUCAUGAGGCGAUGCGAGGAUUGGAGAGUUGGGGGCAUGGCGGUGGGGGAGAGGAGAGCGUGAGUUUUGAGUUGACUGAAAGCACACAGCAUCUGUUGGAGCACCACAGGGCUGUUGAUGAAGCGAUGCGAGGAUUGGAGAGUGAGGAGAGUUGGGAGCAUAGCAGAGAGGAGAGCAUGAGUUGUGAGUUGACUCAAAACACGCAGCAUGUGCUGGAGCACCAGAGGGCCACUGUGGAGGCAGUGGGAUGGGAGGGUGAGGAGAUGGUGGGGCAUAGCGGAGGCGAGAGCAUGGAGCCACACACAGCACGGCAUGAUGAGCCCAGAGGGGCGGUGUGGCGAGGAGGAGGUAUGCAGAGUGACAGAGUGGGAGAGGACCGGAAGGGCCCUAGGGAAUCAGAGUUGGGGGCAUCAGGCGAAGCACACUCUUCAGUGCAGCAGCGGUUCGGUGCUGCUCAUUCCAGUAAAAACACUGCUGUGGAGGAGCCGAACGGGAGUGAAACUGGAGCCAGCUUGCCUUUUGAGACUGGCCCCACUCAGUCCCGAACCUCCCAUUCGUCAGAGCAGCAGUCAGCAGCAGGCACUCCGUUUGGUCCCUCUCACUCCAAUGUGGAGCCACACCGGAGCCAAACAGGGGCCAAACCGCACUCCCCGCAGCGCUCCCAGUCAACUCCCACCUCCCUUUCCUCUUCGUCUGCUCCUGCUGCCGAUCCUGCCCAUUCUGCCCGUUCUAAUUCUUCUGCUCCGUCUGCUGCUUCUGCUGCAGUGCGUUCGGAGUGGCAUCUGCGUGCUGCUGCCAUGCGUGCUGCUGCCGCUCUUGCCCGUGCUACCACACCCGCCAGCAUCACUCCCCCCACCACGUCCGCCGCCUCUGCCACUCCUCCUCAUCCGUCCUUUCACCCUCCAGUCCCGCCUUCCGCACCUCCUUCCUCUUCUGCCCCUGCGUCUCUCCCUUCUUCUUCUGCUCAUCCCACGUCUCUUUCUAACCCUCCCAGUCCUCCCCUUUCCCACCCACAAGCACAAGCACCGUCUGCUCCCUCCUGGCCUGCAGACACACACAGCCCAUGGUCCCCUUGGAAUCUUCGUGGCAAUGGCAUUCAACAAGAAGCACCUCGAUACUUCACUGGGAGGCAGGCCAUAAUCCAAGCCAGCAGUGUUUUUGAGUCGAGUGAAAUAGAACAAGAAGCACCGCUGGUCUCCACCACCACUGUGAGGCAGGAUGUAAUUCGAGCCAGCAGUGUGGUGCAGGCAGCAGGCCACGUGUCAGCACAGCAGGUAGAGUGGUCGUCCUUGAGAGAGGGUCACAGGGUGGGUCGUCAUUCCGAACCUGAUUCCGCGGUUCAUCCUGCCGUGGCUGCCCUGCUGGCUCGGUGGCGCCAGACACAGUUUGCCUCGGUCUGCUUCGAGGGCCGGCCGGAGCUGAAGCUGCCGAGCCUGGUUCGAGAUGCGGUUGGAGCGGAGGCUCGGGAAGGAGAGAAUGCAGAAGAAGGGCCGGUCAUGCCGUUGGAAGGGCUGGUCAUGCCGUUAGGUAGUAGCACGGCAGACGUAGUGGUGGGUGGGGAUGCAGCGGCGGUUGAAGAUGCAGCAGAUCAUGCCGCAGCAGAGAUCGCAUGGCUGGACUCUACACUAGGGAGCGCAGACGGAGCAGCUGAAGCACCAGCCUCACGCGCAGGCACGGCAGCAGCAGCAGAGGAGCACGUGAGCUGGCUGGAAACCCCUCUGAGGAGCCUGGCUCGGCGGAGCGGGGGUGUGCUGACGCCUGGGCAGCGGGAGAAGCUGGAGAAGGCGGGGAUGUGGACGGUGCGGCACCUGCUGGAGCACUACCCUCACUCAUAUCGGGAUCUCACUCGUAGCAGAGAGGAUGUGAUGCGGGACGGGCAGGUGGCUGCUGUUGGUGUGGUGGAGAAUGUCAGCCUUACCUUCCUUAUGCAUCCAUCGUCAUUCGCUGCAUCACAUGCAUCCAUCGUCAUUCGCUGCAUCACAUGCAUCCAUCGUCAUUCGCUGCAUCACAUGCAUCCAUCGCCAUCCGCUGCAUCACAUGCAUCCAUCGUCAUUCGCUGCAUCACAUGCAUCCAUCGUCAUUCGCUGCAUCACAUGCAUCCAUCGUCAUUCGCUGCAUCACAUGCAUCCAUCGUCAUUCGCUGCAUCACAUGCAUCCAUCGUCAUUCGCUGCAUCACAUGCAUCCAUCGUCAUUCGCUGCAUCACAUGCAUCCAUCGUCAUUCGCUGCAUCACAUGCAUCCAUCGUCAUUCGCUGCAUCACAUGCAUCCAUCGUCAUUCGCUGCAUCACAUGCAUCCAUCGCCAUCCGCUGCAUCACAUGCAUCCAUCGUCAUUCGCUGCAUCACAUGCAUCCAUCGUCAUUCGCUGCAUCACAUGCAUCCAUCGUCAUUCGCUGCAUCACAUGCAUCCAUCGUCAUUCGCUGCAUCACAUGCAUCCAUCGUCAUUCGCUGCAUCACAUGCAUCCAUCGUCAUUCGCUGCAUCACAUGCAUCCAUCGUCAUUCGCUGCAUCACAUGCAUCCAUCGUCAUUCGCUGCAUCACAUGCAUCCAUCGUCAUUCGCUGCAUCACAUGCAUCCAUCGUCAUUCGCUGCAUCACAUGCAUCCAUCGUCAUUCGCUGCAUCACAUGCAUCCAUCGUCAUUCGCUGCAUCACAUGCAUCCAUCGUCAUUCGCUGCAUCACAUGCAUCCAUCGUCAUUCGCUGCAUCACAUGCAUCCCUGGAUGCAUUGCCCCUCUCCGGCGUCUUUUCCAUGUGUCUCUGUGUGCCCAUCUGCACCUCCCCACUUUGCACCUCUCCACACCCAUCUGCACCUCUCCACAUCCAUCCACUCCGCAGUGUAAACCCAGUCAGUGUUGGGUCGUGUGCGGUAGCCCUGCUCCGAAUCCGCUGCAACCCACCUGACAGCGCCGCAACCACAGCCAGCGGACCCAGAUUCAGCGUCCCUGGAUCUACCAGCAGUAGUGGCAGCAGUGGCAACAGCGGUGGCGGGUUCGUGGUGACAGCAAAGCAGUUCCGCGCUGGAAGCUGGGGUCAGAAAGCUCUGUACUCCGCCUACCCCAGGGGCUGCCUCGUCUCUGUCACUGGCCAGGUGGGGGCAAGUGGGGGCACGAGGGUAGGGGAAGGUGGGGGAAGGUGGGGGCACGGGGUAGGGGCAGGUGGGGGCAGGUGGGGGCAGGUGGGGGCAGGUGGGGGCAGGUGGGUUCAUGGUGACAGCGAAGCAGUUCCGCGCUGGGAGCUGGGGUCGGACAGCUCUUUACUUCGACUUCCCCAAGGCCAGCAGAUGGCAGCAGAGGAGAUGGUGGCCCUGUGCGGCUGUGCCUAUUCCCAGCACCUAUUCCCUCCUCAGGGCGACGGGACGUUUGAGCUGGACAUGAAUAGCGACAUUGUGAGGGUGGAUGCAGGUCGUAGCAGAGGGGAGGGAGGCCAUGUGCCGUGUCAGAACCUACUAUUGUGUCCGACAAUUCUUACCCCUUGCCCUUGCGCCCUGCAGGUGAGGGUUGUGCAGGGCGAUGGGACGUUUGAGCUGGACAUGAAUAGCGACAUUGUGAAGGUGGAUGGAGGUGGUAGCAGAGGGGAGGGCGCUGUGCCGGUGUAUUCAGCCAGGAAGGACGUGGACCCUCUCUUGUUGCGCGUCAUCCUAGAAAGCCUGCCCUACACGCUCACCGCCGGGCAGAUGCAGGCUGCCCGGGAAAUAAUCUCCGACAUGAACUGGCCGGUGCCCAUGUCGAGGCUGCUGCAGGGGGAUGUGGGGUGUGGGAAGACUGUAGUGGCGCUGUUGGCAUGCAUAGAGGCAGUGGCGCAUGGGUAUCAGGUAGCCGUGAUGGCUCCCACUCAGUUCCUCGCCCAGCAGCACGUGGCACGGUUUGAGCAGUUGCUCCAAGCGCUGCCGCCCGCCCGCCGCCCGAAAGUUUGCCUGCUGACUGCGAGUGUGAAGCGCGCCAAGGCACUGCGGCUGGACAUCAAGGAGGGCAGGGUGGAUAUUAUUAUCGGCACGCAUGCGCUCAUUGCCAGAGCCACGGCUUUUCAUCGCCUGGGGUUGGCCAUCGUGGACGAGCAGCACCGCUUUGGGGUGAAGCAGCGAGCCAGGCUGCACGAGAAGGUGGGAGAGAGUGAGGGCGUUGGUUAG